AUGUCAUACUCAUUGAUGACAGAGUCAGGGGAAAUGCAAUUCAUUUUGAAUAUUUCUUCCGAGAUGGGAAGCCCUGAAAUCUCAUUUGAAGAUGAAUUGUCCAAUAGUCCUCCUUAUCCAUUAACACUUAAAUUCAAUGAAUUAAUUGCACCUUCAAAAACAUCGCGAACAACAAGAAGACAUGAAAAAAAUCCCGAUUCAUUACCACCACCAAGGCCUCAAAAUGCUUUCCUUUUAUUUCGUAGAGAUUUUAACGAAAAAUUAAAGCAAAGAGGAAUAAAAUUGAAAUUUGUAGAGUUCUCUCGUUUGGCAAGCAAAGAGUGGCGCAAGCAACCUCAAAAAGUUCGUUGUUUUUUCGAAUUUCUCGUUGAUUCGGCUAAAAAAAGACAUCAUCAAAUAUAUCCGGACUAUACAUUUUCGACGAAAAGAUCGAAAAAUAGAAGGGGUGAAAAAAAAUUAAAAAAUACUAAAAAAUCUUCUAACGCUCAUAGAAAAGUAAUACCCGAAGCAACUCUAAAUAAUAAUACUACCGAAACUGGUCAAGUAAUCUCGAAACUUUCCGAUGCUUUCGCAACUUUAAAUAUUCGUGCUACCGAAACUAGUCAAGAGACCUCGGAUCUUUCUGAAUUUUUUGAUUUCGAUGCUUUCUAUUCGAAACGUUAG